ACUCGAGUUGCCUUUUUAACGAAGUAUCGGCCAUGGCGGCUUUUAGGCAAACAGAGGAGUCUCUGAUUUUAGCCUUUUUGUGAAUUGCGAGCAACGCACCUCACAUUCCCUUCACCAAAUUGCACCUUCAAUUCUUCCUCAAUUUUCAAGCUUUACCCUUCUUCCAUCACGCUAAUCCAACCCUCUUCUCAUUAUGGCUUCUUCAUGCGGUCUACCUUCAUAUCUUCAUUGUAAGCGGCAUUUACAUUUAAAUCUGUGCUAUUAAGAAAAUUCGAGCUUCACCUGCAUUUUGUUAAGUAGCACCCACCAUAAUUUAGGCUUCUGUUGCAACACGAAGAAGAUGAGAUUGUGAUCCUGAGUGUCAUCGGGAUAUAUGAUAUAUAAUUUGGAGAAUUGGGGCAGAAGAAAAAUACAAAGGUGGAAAACCAUACACAAUGCCUAUGUUCCCUUUGAGCAUGAGCUCAGAAAGGGUGCAGGACAACAAUGAGAGGAGAAACACUAUGGUGUAUCUCAAUGUAUAUGAUCUCACGCCUGUGAACAAUUAUCUUUAUGCCUUUGGUGUUGGAAUCUAUCACUCGGGUAUCGAAGUGCAUGGCAUGGAAUAUGGCUUUGGUGCACAUGAUUACUCAACAAGUGGCGUAUUUGAGGUGGAACCUAGAAGCUGUCCUGGCUUCAUUUUCAGAAGAUCAGUGUUAUUAGGUACCACUGACAUGUCUCGGUCAGAAUUUCGCACUUUCAUUGAGCACUUAUCUUCAAAGUAUCAUGGAGACACUUACCAUCUGAUUGCCAAGAAUUGCAACCAUUUUACGGACGAAGUUUGCCAACAACUAACUGGAAAGCCUAUUCCCGCAUGGGUAAAUCGGCUGGCCCGUGUAGUUUCAGGUUCAUUCUGCAAUUGUCUUCUGCCAGAAAGCCUUCAGGUUGCUGCUGUUAGACAUCUUCCCGAACAUCUAGCAUGUUCCGAUGAUGAGAGAUCAGACUCUGAUUGGCUUUCAGGAUCUAGUGAUGAUGAUAAUGACGACAACGAUGAUGAUGAGCGUUCCAAUCGCCAGCUGCUAAACUCGGCAAAUGGUGAUAUCUCCUUGAUACAGGAAGCACCCAUGACUCUAGCUCGGGAUGCCCUACGAUAACCAUUAUUUGUUUCUUGUCUGAUUAUUGUUAUUCUUUCUUCCAUCUCUUAGCUUGUACCACUUCAGAUGUCCCAAAAGAAGUGUUUUGUAUUAUAAGCACGUUAGUCUGUCUGUUGUAUAUGUUAAUGAUGCCACGUUCCUUCAAAAUGUGAUGUAGAUUCUAUUGAACUACAAACAAUUUAUCAGAUGUUCCAGUUAGGGCCUUGUA